AUGAGACUUCUUUCAAUCUGCCUAUUGAUUUUCACCCUCUCAAGCAGCACCUUAGCUGUAUCCCUCCAGCGUGUCCGAGGACCAGAUUCCUUCCGGCCAGGUCGAAUCUCAGGUCCCCUCCAAAAGAGUUACCCUGGGUCUAUAUCCGGGCAGAAACAAUCAGACGAUGCCUUAAGGAAAAUUACACAAGGCUCCUACAGCACAAACUGGGCCGGCGCUGUCAUAAGCAACUCAACUCCAAGCGCAACCUUCUCCUACGUCUCCGCGACAAUCACCAUCCCCACCGCCACUGCCACCGGCGACAUGUCCUACCAAGCAGCCUCAGCCUGGGUCGGCAUUGACGGCGCGACAUACACCACGGCUAUUCUCCAAACGGGUGUAGACUUCUACAUCCUCAAUGGCAAGGCUUAUGCCGAUCCCUGGUACGAAUGGUACCCGAACUUCGCCAUGUACUAUGACGAGCUUCUCGUCAACCCUGGCGAUGUGAUUGUCGCGUCAGUUAAUGUUACGGCGAGUAACCGUGGGGUGUGUGUGAUAGAGAAUCUGACUACAGGAGAGUCGGCCACGAAAUCUGUUAGUGCGCCAAAGAGCACGGCGACGAUUAAGGGGUUGAAUGCGGAGUGGAUUGUCGAGGACUUUCAAUCCAAUGGAGCUGCUGUGCCAUUUGUAGGGUUUGAUGCGGUGGAGUUUACGGGAUGUGUUGCGGAAGCUGCUGGGGUUGAGUUUGGCGUCGUGAAUGCCACUGUUUAUGACUUGGUCCAAGACGAUACGCUGCUGGCGACAGCUAGGGUGAUGGGUGAUGAGGAGAUUGUGGUUACUCAUAUAUGA